AUUAAAUUAGUCUAAAAGUAUUUUAUAUUCUUCAAAAACUAAGAUUUUAAAGUAAAAUUAAAAUUAAAAUUAAGAUUUUACUUGACAGUCACCGUGACUCAAACUAAAACCCUAACAAAGCCUCUGUAGUGCAAUCUUCUGCCAUGGCCCUUCUUCUCCGUCUCAAUCGUCGGAGGGCAACCAGCUCUCGCACACUCUUCUUCUCGACUUCGAAUUCCGAUUCUAACUCCGGCUCCAACUCUCCCUUCUCUUCCCUUUUGAGAGAGGUAAGGGAAAAUCUCAAACAACCCCCAUCCCCUUCCUCAAACCCUCGCUCACAACCACUCUUCGCAAACGAGAUCCGAAAAAACCUCAGCGAGUUCCGCGCCAAGACCGCUCCUCCUCCGCCCGGCGACCCGUCGCAGCAGCAGCAGCAAUUUUCGUUCCAGCAAAUCUACCAGCGCCAGAACGCGCAGGGGAAUCCCCCCAGAUCGGGAGAACCGCCCUCCCUCAGAAUGGAUACCAUUCGCGAGAGCCUGCGGAACUUUUCUGGUGCCCAAAACUCGCCGUGGCAGGGCCGUCCUGGGAUGAUCGGCGGCACGAACGCCUUGCCGCAGGACAUUUUCGGGAAAGAGAUGAGGAAAGAGGGUACGCAGUCGAAGACGAUGUUUUCGGCGGGGUUCUUGAAGACUUACAGCGUGGAGGAUUUGGGGAAGAAAUUGAGAAAGCUGAGGCCGGAGGGAAAGGAAAAGGGUUGGUUUUCAGUGAGGGAGUUGAAUGAGAGGUUGGUGAGGUUGAGGAAGAUGGAGGAGGAGCAAGCCCGUUCCAAUAUCCAUGAUUCUACUAUUGGCGCAAUAAGGGAAUGUCUCAGUAAGGGUAAAAUCACGUGCUCACUAAGACUUGAUCCCCACCAGACCCAACCUUGAUUUCGCAAAAUGCAAGGACCACCACCCUUCGAAGAACCACCUUUAUCAGCUUCAGCUCAUCAUCCUUUGAAGAAGAACGAACACCCUUUAACGCACAUGUUUUUAUAAACUUAAAGUUAAUGUACUUUCCCAUUUUACCCUAAGUUAA